GUAUUAGGCAGCGCUCCUCCCGCGGUAACGCAGAGCCAGCUGCUGACAGUCACACUGACAGCAUCAGCAGCACUCAGUGCUCCCCGGCCGGCACCUAGCCUCAGGCGCUCAGCUCUGUGAUAUACCCCUGCUUCCGCUGUCACCGCUACCUGCCCGCUACCUGCUCUCAUCCUUUGGAGCCUCCUUUGGGAGCAGCCAGGACCCAGGAGCCGCUGAGAUCAUGGAGAAUAUGCGCUGCUUCCCUAACCGCUUCUCCGACUACCGGGGCUGCCUGUUGUCCGGCCAGAGCGGCGGCGAGCUCGGGGCUCCGCUCAUCCUCAGCACCCUGGACAGCAUCCUGCAGCAGCUGCCGGCUCAGGGCGGCCAGGAGGGCGGGCUGUACGGAGGUCUGGCCGGGGUGGCUUACAUGCUGUACCACGUCUCCCAGUGCCCAGCGCUCAGCGCCAGCAGGGACACCCACCUGCGCCGGGCCGCCGCUCUCAUCGACUCCUGCGUGCAGUACUAUGACCAGGAACAGGACCGGGAGACCCGGGCGUCCUUCCUGCUGGGUGGCGCGGGAGUCUACGCCGUGGCUGCUCUGAUUUACACGGCGCUGGGACGGGCGGACUCUGCGGAGAUGCUGGACCGGUUCCAGGAGUUGGGUGACAUCUGCGUCCCGCUUGGCUUCCUGGAGUGCGGCUCGGACGAGCUGUUUGUGGGCAGGAGUGGUUACCUGUGCGCCGCGCUGGUGCUAAAGCAGAAGCUGGGCAAAGAGGUGUUAACUCCAGAACAGAUUAGGACAAUCUGCCUUGCUAUCCUGGAUUCUGGGAAGCAUUAUUCUAGGAAGAAAAGGAAACCAUUCCCACUCAUGUAUUCAUACUAUGGGACAGAAUAUCUGGGAGCAGCACAUGGACUAUCUUCUAUACUACAGAUGCUUCUGUCCUACCAAGACUACCUUCAGCCAGCUGACCGUGACCUCGUUUGGCAAAGUGUUGAUUUCCUUGUAAACCAGGAACAGAACUGCAAUUGGCCACCAGAGCUUGGGGAAGUGAUAGAGCGUGAAAAUGAACUUGUGCACUGGUGUCACGGAGCCCCUGGUAUUGCCUAUCUUUUUGCAAAAGCAUAUUUACUCUCAAAAAAGCCAUGCUAUCUGGACAGCUGUAUCCGCUGUGGAGAACUGACCUGGCAGAAGGGCCUGCUGAAGAAAGGACCUGGCAUCUGUCAUGGAGUGGCAGGCAGUGCCUAUGUAUUUCUGUUACUUUACAGAAUUACUGGCAGCUCCAAGUACAUCUACAGAGCACAGCGGUUUUCAGAAUUUCUGUCUUCGGAUGAAUUCAGAGUUGGAUCAUGUACUGUGGAAAGCAUGUACAGUCUCUACGAAGGCUUGUCAGGGACAGUCUGCUUUCUGGUUGAUUUACUGCAGCCUAACCAGGCUGAGUUUCCACUUUUCAGUGUCUUUGUGUAAAUCAUCUUUGUGCUUUGAUCAAGCAGACCAGAGGUAUUCUGCAGGUUAUUCACUAUUCAGCAUUGGCGUUUCUGCGGGAUAGCUGUGUGUAAUUAAUAUAGGGAUGGCUUUUGUGUUAGUUUACAAAUACAAUUUCCUAAUGCUCCUGCCACAACACACAGGGAUUACAACAAUGUUUUUAACAUACUGUUCUUGAAUACAAUGUUUCCCCUGUCUAUAGAAAUGAAGUAUGGUACCCGGAGUGAAAACAAAAUCUCCACCCUGCCUUCCACGUCUUCCCUUAAAGGAUUUUUUUUAAAUAAAUAAUUUCCACUUUUAUUGGCAAGUACGUUUAUCAGGUAUGUAUAGCAAGAGGGGAAAUAUACAUACUGUAUGGAUACAGCGUAGUGGCAUUGUAUGCAAAAUGAGAAAACAAAUAGCACAGGCAUGAAAAGUAAAAACAGAUCCUAUAACACAGAAAGCUUAAGUCUAUAUAAGUAGCACAAAAACAUAUAUACACAAUAUAUAUAUAUAUAUAUAUAUAUAUAUUAGUCUAGCUGUCCCUACCUCUCACCUCACUCUCCCAGCAGCCUCUAGUACUGUAAUCAGUGCCACACCUACUCAUUAUGUUGGGCACUCAGGAUCAGUACUGUACAUCAGAUGAGGGAGAGGAAGAGUAUAACUGCCGGUUACCUGAUGUGUCUUAUCAUGAUUGUGAUGACAGCCAGUCUCCUGAAGAAUACAGCAUACCAUCAUCAUCAAUAACUAGUGCCUGGAAUAAAGCAGCUGUCAGUGUGUCAGUAUCAAUUCUGUCACAGUUAGGCCUGAAGGAUAAUACGUUGCAGCAAGUGUAGGCAUUUUUGGAGUCAGGGAGGAAUAUAUUCCACCCUCUGCGUGUGCAUAAAUUACAAACUAUCGCACUGGGGGGGCUCAUUUGCCAUCCUCUGGAUAGACACAACAAGCCUCAUUCAUGUUUGUAAGUAAAGCAAGAAAGCAAGCAAAUGGGCAAAACCAUGUUGCACUGAAGGUGGGGCUGAUUGACGUGCAGAGAGAUUUAGAUUUGGGUGGGUUAUAUUUUUUUGUGCAGAGUAAAUACUCGCUACUUUUGCAUGUAGCCCACAAACACUGAACAGCUUUAUUUUUACACUGCAAUUUAGUUUUCGGUUUGAACACACCCCACCCAAAUCUAAAUCUUUCUCGUUACAUCAGCCCCACCUGCAAUGCAGCAUGGUUUUGCCCAGUUACUUGCUUUUUACUUAGAAACCUGAAUAAGGCCCAAAUACAUUUUUUUUAAAGGCUGAACUUUAUGGUCCUUUGUUCUUUCUAUCUAUACAGCUAUGUAACAUUCCCCAGGGAUCACCUCCUUUGAAAGAUUUAGGCCUAAUGCUUGAGAAGUACCUCUCUUUCACUGAUGACCAACACAAGUCAGAGAUGGUACUAAUUUCUUAAAUACAGCUCCUGUCAUUCACACACAAAACUCCUGCUGCUUGAUCAAUGGUAUUUAUCCUGAAGCACAACACUGGGAUUCCCACUCAGGGUCUCAGAGCAAGAUCUAUUUAAAACGUAUUUAAUAGAGUUGAACUCAGAAAUCACUGUCAGCAUUCUUGAUCUACCUAGCUAUUGCUGCUUAGGGUGAGGAACUUGGGCAUCUUGGCUUACAUGUUAUAGGAAAAAACACACAUAGGUCCACACUACAAGUACAACAAGCAUUAUAUACAGUUCAAAAAAAUCUGAGAUAUUCCACUAUGGGGAUUGAGCAGUUAACAUAUAAAUCAACUGAAUAUGUACUGUAAUUAGUGCAGAGCAACUCAACCCUAUAUUCAGUAGAAGGUAGUAUACCUAUUCUAGGUGCCAUGCAGUGGAUCGCGCCAUGAAACUUAUAUCCCAUGAGCGGAUUCGGUUUUACUCGGUUUUACUCGGUUCUCAAAACCGAAUUUUAUUGGCUAUCCAAAACACGUGACAUCAGUGAGUCAAUAAGAUUCGGUUUUGAGAACCGAGUAAAACCAAAUCCGCUCAUCACUACCAUUAAUACAUUUUUAAUUCCCAAACCAAGCUGGCUUAAACAGUCUACUAAAAAAAGAAAACAUUAAAUGAAGGAUAUAUUUUCUCCUGUGCUGUGUCACUCAAUAUACUGCCUGGCAGUAGUGGGGUAAAUCCCCUGUGAUACUUGGCAUUAUCAGGGUACAAAGAAUAAAUAAAGUUGUUUUAAGCAUACAGUAGAGGACACAUAGCAUCAUGAUCUAACCAAAGACAGCUUUCAACCAAAACAGAACUGUAGUCCAAAAGGUAGUCACUUUGCAGAUUUUGAGACUAUGGACUAUGUUAUGGUGUCUUUGUACGCAGCAGCUGUGCUAAAAUAUGCUAAGGCCACAAGAGGCGUCUUGUAUAAAUAGACGCCUCCUGCAUGCUUCUCUGAUCCAGGUCCGAGGAUGUAGCAUCAGAUCAUCUUCAUGAACAGGUUACUCAGAAUGACCGGGGAGCUCAUGCUGCUGACAGGGCCGGAUUAAGGGCCACAUGGGCCUGGAGCAGAAAAUAUUCAAGGGCCUAUUGUGAGAAAUGGGUUAGGUGUGAUCAGUGCUGUGUGGGUGUGGCCAGAGCCAUAUGGGUGUGUACACCCCUACCCUAUCAGCUCCAAUGUCUCCCUAAAUAUGUAAAAAUAUAAAAAAAAUGCAUAAAUAUGUGAGAAAAAUAGAAAUACAGUCUUAAUAGUAGUUAUGCUUCAUGGCAGACCAUGUGGCCAGCUGUUGGCUAAUGAUCGUCAUGCUGCCAUGAUGAUGGGCCUAUUUUUAUGUGGAGGCCUGGAGCUGGAGCUCCAUCCACCCCAUUGUAAAUCUGUCCCUGGCUGCUGAAUCCAGUGAAGCCGCAUGCAAUCACGCAGCCACUGGAUUCAGCAUACCCCGUUUCCUGCUGGCUGCGCUGCCCCUUCCAUGCUGCAGCACAUCAGUCAUGUGGCUUAGGGGACACUAUGACCGUCAUCAAGACAGAUCUACACAUGCGCAGUAUAGAUCCUGCGCAAGUGCAAAUCCACAACCAUGUACGUAAACCAUUGGGUUUACGUACGUCUGAAUAAGGCCUUAUGACAUCAAAGUAGUCUACUGAAAGAUGUACGCUGGUAAAUGAAUGCACAGAUUUUGGUAUAACCUUUCGUGACUACAGGGAGUCUGUAUUUGGGAAAGGGUAACCUUCCUUUUUUUUAAACAGACAGCUUAAUAGCAUGUUAGUGACCUAGCCCAUGCAGUAAGGGUCAUUUAUUAGCCGCAGGCUCUAAUUUUGUGCACAGGUGUUCCUCCUUAUACUCCAAGUCCUUUUCACGGAGUAUCCCCACUUCAUGUUCUUCGGAGACAGCACCCUAAAAUAGGCUGGAAGAUGCUGUGGAAAGUGUGCGGCAUGGUAUAGUUAGCACAAAUCAUAGCUCCGAAUAAUGAGCAGUGUCUUCUUGUAAGUUUGGACAUUGUGUGAGGCUGUGAUUACAGACACUCUCAGCACUAAUUACCCAGGCAGCAUCAAUAGAUCUAUUGCUGUAACUUAUCAGUGGUUUUACAGAGGCUUUUUGUAAGUUUUAUAGUUUGUGAUAUAAGUACUAUAUCUUGUGGACACAUUAAUGUUUCUAUUGCCACUCACUAUGAUCGCAACACUUAUUUUCACAUUCCUGCUAUCUUGUGAAUAGAAGUACUGUAUAUGGUUUGACUCCCUUUUGUAAUUCCCCCUAUGUGGGUAAUGAGGUUUUCUAA